CAGUCAUCAUGGCCAAGGGUGACGUCCGCAAUGAGAUGCUCUCCAAGGGCGUUGAGCGCUAUGGUCGCUCCGCCAUGUACAAGCGCCGCCUGAUGUUCAAGCGCAACAAGGUUCAGGUUGCCAAGAAGUCGGUGGAGAAGCCCACGACCAAGGAGGUCAAGUUUGGCAAGUCCACCCGCACUGUGCCCCUUGAGCGUCAGUCGCGCUUCUACCCCGCCGAGGACAUCAAGAAGCCCCUCCCCAGCCGCAAGAAACCCGGCUUCAACAAGCUGCGCGCCAGCAUCACCCCCGGCACCGUCCUGAUCCUGCUCUCGGGUCCCUACCGUGGCCGUCGUGUCAUUUUCCUGAAGCAGCUGCCCUCGGGUCUGCUCCUUGUCACUGGUCCCUUCAAGGUCAACGGCGUGCCUCUUCGUCGUGUCAACCAGGCCUACGUCAUUGCCACCUCCACCAAGCUCGACAUCAGCUCCGUGAAGGUCGAUGACAAGAUCAACGACGCCUACUUCAAGGCUGAGAACAAGGCUGCCAAGGCCAAGGAUAUCACUGAGGGUGACAAGCAGGAGAAGGAGCCCCUGUCGGCUGAGCGCAAGGCCGAUCAGGAGUCUAUUGACAAGGCUAUCCUGGCCAUUGUCAAGAAGACUGACUACAUGAAGGGCUACCUGCAGACUCGCUUCACUCUCACCAACGGUGUCUACCCUCAUGCCAUCUCGUUCUAAGUACGCUGAGGGCAGGUGGAAUUGACGACUAAAAAACC